CGGAAACCUUUGGCUCGGUUCCCCUCCGGCGACUUCGUCCUCUCUGAUCAUCCCAUUACCUUCCAGGACCUCGAGCAUGCUACUUCCCAGAAUUCAAACUUGGUAUCAGAGCUAUUAUGUCACAGUAAUCAUGUCGUCCUCAACUUCUUCAACCCCUGAGUCUGCUACAUCAUCAAACGUUUCUUCAAUUAGCUCGGUGACUAUGAACUUCCUCGAUAUUUCUCAUUAUCUUCCAUUUCCAAUAAAACUCAACAGUGAAAAUUAUUUGCUGUGGAAAGCACAGUUGCUGCCGAUUCUGAGAACCCAUCAACUUAUGGGUUUUAUUGAUGGAACUACAAAGGCGCCACCAAAGGAGAUCACUGAUCCAUUGAAUACUGGAGCCAUGAUUGCUAAUCCAGCAUAUCAGACUUGGAUGCAAUUAGACCAACUAGUUCUUAGUUGGUUAGUAUGUUCUUUGACUGAGGGAAUACUCGCUCAGGUCAUUGGCUUAUCAACUGCUGCUGAUGUUUGGGCAGCACUGGCCAAAUCUUUCUCCAUUAGAGCGUCACAGUUGAGACUCCAAUUAAAAACACUAAAAAAUGGUACUCUCUCUAUCACUGGUUAUGUGCAGAAAGCAAAAGCAAUUUCUGAUAAUUUGUCAGCUAUUUCUGAACCUGUCUCCAAUGAAGAUUUGGCUCUUUACAUUCUCUCUGGUUUGGGCUCAGAUCAUGAGGCCUGGAUUGAGCAACAUAUUCAGCUGCCAAAGGACAAGAAUCCUCAAGCAAAUAUGCCAAUGAAUGCACCAAAGAACAACUACAAUCAACCCAAGAUUUCCAGUAACAGAGGAAGGGGAUGUGGAAGAGGUAGCAGAUUCAGUUUCAAUGCUGAUCAACUUGUUUGCCAAAUUUGCAAUAAAUCUGGUCAUGGUGCUUUGAGUUGCAGACGUAGAUAUGACCUAUCAUUGUCAUAGUGCGACACCCUCCAUCACUAAACCUGCUGCAUUCAACUCUAUUAUAUGUUUGACCCCACACAGCAUCCAGACUCUACUGCAACUCAUCAUCUUUCAACAACAUUAUUGAAGUGUCGUGAAUCUACACUAACGUGCCUUUGGCUUCACAUUGUUGGUGACUUCUCCAUUGAUAAUCGCGCUGGCAUCAGUCGAACUUUGCACCGCAUAAGUGCCAUCAGGAAUCGGAAGGGAAGGAUUAUAGGUUUAACUUGCCGUGUUGGUCGGGCAAUAUCAGGAAGUGCUGAUUUGUUGCGAGACCUGGUUAAAGAUGGGGCUUCUUUGUUGCUCAUUGGGCCUCCAGGAGUAGGAAAGACUACAAUAAUCAGGGAGAUAGCUCGUAUGCUGGCAAAUGACUACAAGAAACGUGUGAUGAUUGUUGAUACAUCUAAUGAGAUUGGUGGUGAUGGAGACAUACCUCAUGCAGGAAUUGGUAAUGCCCGCAGGAUGCAAGUCCCCAACUCUGAUAUGCAGCACAAGGUAUUGAUAGAAGCAGUAGAAAACCAUAUGCCUCAAGUAAUUGUUAUUGAUGAAAUUGGCACAAAACUUGAAGCUAUGGCUGCUAGCACAAUAGCGCAGCGGGGAAUACAGCUAGUUGCCACAGCUCAUGGAGUAACAAUCGAGAAUCUGAUAAUAAAUCCUUCUUUAGAGAUGCUUGUUGGGGGUAUACAGAGCGUUACACUAGGGGAUGAAGAGGCCAGCAGGAGGGGUGUACAGAAAACUGUACUAGAGAGGAAAGGACCCUCAACCUUUACUUCCGGUGUGGAGAUUAUAUCGAAGGCUGAGUUACGAGUUCAUCGUAAUUUAGAAGCAACAGUGGAUGCUAUCCUUUCAGGUCGAUCACCAAAUUAUGAAGUUCGUAGAAUAAGCUCAGAGGGAGUGGGACAUGAUGUUCUGACUGAAGUGAUGGAACCUUUAACUGAUAUUUCUGUUCAAGAGCAAAAUGAAUCUGUGGUUGAUGACAUUCCAGAAAUUAAUGACAAAAUGGAUGGCCAUAAUGAGUUCACCAAUGAGCCUCCUACAGUAUUGGUAGAAAAUCCUCACAAUGAUGAGGCACCUCUUUUCCUAUAUGUUUAUGGGAUCCUGGAGACAAGCGUGAUACAAGCGGUUAAACAGCUGAGAGUCGAUGGUGAAGUCGAAUUAACUGAUAAUAUCAGUGAAGCAGAUGCACUACUUGCCUUGCAGUCUAAGCUGAAGAAGAAUUCCCGAAUUCAAGCUGUUGCUAAAUCUCAUGAAAUUCCCAUUUAUGUGACCAAGACAAGCUCGUUACUGCAGAUAGUGAAGGCUAUACGAGCAUUUACAAGGGAAUAUGCAGAGAGAGCAAAGGAUUCCAAAUCUGAAAAAAGAAUGAGUUCAUUAGAGAAGAUUGAUGCUUUAGAGGAGGUGAGAUUGGCCAUUGAGCAAGUUGUGAUUCCAAAAGGAGAGCCUGUUGAGCUACUUCCAAGGUCAUCCCACAUCAUGUCUUUACAGAUGGAUCUCAUUCAAAAAUACCAGCUACAAUCACAGAAAGUAGGGGAGGAGCCUAAUUUACGGCUCCGUAUCCUUCCUUUUCAGACGAAGAUGGAUGUGGUUAGACAUGGUGAAAUGGAUGAAACAGGUGAUUGGUUUGAUGAUUUUGGUGGUACAGAUGGUGAAAUGAAUGGUUCAUCCUACAAUGUGGACAGAUUACCACUUCUGCCUGAAUAAGCUGUCCUGAAAAGGGUGUACUCCAAUUAUUACUAUUUUUUUUUAUGACUAAAUAUUCUUGGAACAGCCUAGCAUGAAGGUGGAUGAAUUUUGUGCAAAUUGUAAAUUUUACAAAUUUGUACAGAAUGAAGUGAUGAUGCAAGAAGCAAGCAUGCAAGUCGUAAGAUUCUAAAAGUGUUUCUUGACAACUACAUAUUUAACCAUUAUUAUAGUUGAGUUUAACCUCCAGUGCCUGGUUUCUCGGAUGCCAUUAGCAGUCCUCGUCGAAGUUUGUAUCAGUCUAGGUAGUCUGGCAACAAACCAUGAAUCUGACGACAGUGUCUGGGCAGGGUCAUCGUCAGCUCUGGUCUUUUGUAUCUCCAUUAAAGGAAUACUUGUUCCACAACUCGCAAUAGCCAGGAGCUUUUCAAUUGGAAA